GUUUGACCGCGUGAUUUCGUGUUCGAUCAGUGCUAUUUCAUUCGUUGCGCUCGUACAAUCGGCCGCGUUCAUUUCGCGGGAGGAAAAUAUGAAAUCUCGUACUCGAGUACCGGUGUAAUCGACCAAGUCACGGAUGAUCCUUUCCGCGGAGGUUCCCUCGAUGUCCCUCGAACUCUGACGAAAGGCUGAGGAGCCAUUGAUAAGCGGACCACUCAUCCUCGGUCGUUGAUAUCGUGGCAAUAUUUCAAACGAGCGGCCAACAUAUUUUACGAUGCACCGCGGGACCCUCCUCGUUCCUCUCGCGUGAAAUCUGCUUUCGAAAGGCUCGUUUUCAUGCAUCGACCGUCGUUGGCGACACGCAGAACACGCGAUCUACGAACGUAAUAUAUCCUGACAGCUGGCGACGAUUUUAAUUCGUGACGAGAUUAAUUCGAUCGUGUCAUGGCGCUCGAGAAAACAGACACCGCGGGACAAUUCGUGAAAGUGCGAAACGAGAGGGCCAUUUACGAGCCGUCCGAACGAUGGCGGAUCUGGAGGAACAUUUUGGUGAUCGGGCUAGCGUUUAUGGUGAAUUUCACGGCGUUCAUGGGCGCCACCAAUCUGCAGAGCUCGAUCAACGCGGACCAAUCGCUGGGUACCUUCACCCUCGCCUCGAUCUACGGUAGCCUGAUCUUCAGCAACAUCUUCCUACCGACUUUGAUCAUAAGCUGGCUGGGUUGUAAAUGGACGAUAUCCUUGUCCAUUUUGACUUAUGUGCCUUUCAUGGCCGCUCAGUUUUACCCAAAAUUCUACACCAUGAUACCGGCUGGAUUAUUGGUCGGCAUUGGUGCGGGUCCUCUUUGGUGCGCCAAGUGCACCUACUUGACAAUCGCAGCGGAAGCAUAUUCCACCCUCUCGGACGUAGCCGUGGACGUCCUCGUCACGAGAUUUUUUGGGGUGUUCUUCAUGUUCUACCAAAUGGCGCAAGUCUGGGGGAAUCUUAUAUCUUCGGCAGUGCUUUCCUAUGGGAUCGACGCGGUGCCUGCGAACACCACGAUGCUAAACAACAGCAUCGUGGCGGAAGCGUGCGGUGCUAACUUCUGCGGAGCGACUUCCGGCGACGCUGAGGCCCCGAAAAUAGAACGACCGCCGGAGGAAAGGAUUUAUCUGAUUUCCGGGAUUUAUUUGGUCUGCAUGAUCGUGGCUUCCUUGAUCGUCGCGUUCGGGGUCGAUUCUUUAACGAGGUACAACAAAGGCAGAUCCGGUUCAGGGACAGGUUUGUCCGGAGUAAAGUUACUGGCCGUGACAUUGAAACUGCUGAAGGAGAAGAGUCAGCUCCUCAUUCUGCCUAUAAUAAUCUUCAUCGGAGCAGAACAAGCGUUCUUGUUCGCCGACUAUAAUGCAUCGUUUGUGUCUUGCGCAUGGGGAAUCAGCAACAUCGGUUUCGUGAUGAUCUGUUUCGGUGUGACGAACGCUAUAGCUGCACUGGGCGCGGGAUCUGUGAUGAAGCUGACGGGACGAAAGCCUUUAAUGAUAUUCGCCUUCUGCCUUCACAUGGGAAUCUUCGUUUUUCUGUUGCGCUGGAAACCAGUCCCCGAGCAGAGCUCCAUGUUCUUCCUGAUGUCCGGCUUAUGGGGCCUCUGCGACGCCAUGUGGCUGGUCCAAGUUAAUGCUCUGUCCGGAAUACUAUUCCCAGGCAAAGAGGAGGCAGCCUACUCGAACUUUCGACUGUGGGAAUCCACUGGUUCCGUAAUCACGUACGCGUAUAGUCCCUACCUUUGUACACAUAUGAAGCUCUACGUUCUGAUAGGGAUCCUCUGCCUCGGAAUGGUCGGCUACGGUCUAAUCGAGUGGUCCGGGAAAGCCGAUAGAAGGGUCACAGCAUCGAAGCCCGAUUUCGAGCUGGUCACCAACGGCGAAUCAAACGACACGACGAAACUUUGAGGCGACGGGAAUUCUGUCGAACGUUGCUUUCGUGUCUCGUGCAUUCCAUGGAAACGAUUGUAUGAUCUCUUACGCGGCAAUAUAAAUCGAGUGCAGUGAUUCUUAAGCAUAUGUAUAUUUUUUUUAAACGUGUACGAUUUUCAUAAUACGCAAAGAAAUACAUGAUCUCGUGUAGCGUUGAAAGAUACGCGAGACGAUUCGAAAUCCUAUUCGUACGAGUAUUUUCUCGAAAAAGAGACCGAUUUGUCGAAUGAAUCGUUGCAGAAAGGUAGACUCAGAAUCGUGUAAAUAAUAUAUAAUUCCGUUAUACAUAGAAAUCAUACAUAAAUGCGAUGCACGUAAAUUUCUAUGUACAGAGAGUGUCGGUGGAACGAGCGGUCAGGACCUGAAGGUAUGUGAUCUUGUGUGAUUUGUACCACAAUAUAUGUUUUUAUUUUAUUCUUGUGGACACCUACUAGAUUUUACACAGGUAUUUUCGCUUAACCGCUAAGAUUUUUCAUCUCCAUUCUUUUUAAAUACGUAGUUUAAUGUUACAUCGUGUUGUCUAGGUGCUAACAUUCAAGCUAAAGCUACGGCUGCUUAAUUUAAUUGUAUACUUAAUGUGUUUAAUUGCGUUCGACUGUAUCGGUGUGUAAUUGUAAUGUAUGUAUGCGGCGUAUGCGUGUAACAUCAACGCGUGUCACUUUUCACGGUGUGUUCGUAUGCUCGUCGUUUAUUGCGCUGUCACGAUCAAUUGUCUCCCGUCAUGAAGAUCGAAGGCGUUGGGGUGAAUCAACGAUCAUUACGCACUGGCGUUUUCCUAUUUUUCGUGUGCCACGAUCGAUCCUUCUCGCAGGAUAAUGCCUGCACGAACGAAUCGCGACGUGGAAUCAAUUGACCCUGCAUCUCGUAAUCACACGUCGUCGAGAUUGCCUGAUUGUAUUGUGAACGUGUGCUAGCUUAACCCUCGUUAUGUACAAUUUAAGUUCUGCAGUUCAGUUAUAUACUUUAUAAAACGUAGUAGGAACUUUGGUUUCGCUGGGCAAUGUUUCAGAAGCAGUUUCCUCUUGUUUCGCAUAGCAACGAAAAUUCCGCCUCUUGGUUCGUCUUUGUUUUUCGUCGAUCCGGUUUCCCCACAGUUUUAAAAGAAAUGCUUCGCCUUGUCCCGUUAACAUAGUUUGUCUUUUUCUUUUCUUUUUUUUUUUUUUGUUUACUCUCCCGCACGUAUUUUGGACAGCCUGGACAAAUGAUUCGGCCGGAAACUGUUAUAAAACAUUCGCCCGUGGAUCUAUCUUCCUUAGAAAUAUGACACUCACGAAUACAAUUCACGAUUUUUAAUACUCAUGUUUAUAUUUCCGUAUGACCUAUUGAAUAUCAAUUUCACGAAGAAAAUACACAUGAUUCGUAAACUUUUUUUCUCUUUUCGUUAUUCAGUGCUUCGCUCUCUCUCUCACAUUGUCAUUUGUUUUUGUUCACUCGCGAGCAUCCACCGCGCGCGCCAUUCUUCACCCUUCCCCCACCCCUUUUUUUCUCAUAUAACAAAAUUUAAUAACCGGAAUAUCUCUGUACAAACAUGUUCACUCUUACGCAACGUACGCAUCCCGACCCUGACGAUCAAAAUUUUGAAUUUUGAAUAGUUUCCCUUCCCCUCGAACCCCACCCCCGC